AUGCCCAGCACCGAACCUUCCGCCAGUCCCGUCGGGCCACGUACCGCGGGAGACGCUCGUCCGGUACUAGGGCAUGUGAACCUCAUGGUUGACACUCUCAUCGCCAACACGAACCUUGAGGACCUUCGCGCGAUUGUGCGCGGUAUGCUGGCCACGAGUCCCCCUUCUGUGGCCCAGGCAUUCACAUCAGCGGCGAGACAGCGGCUGCUGCGCGUCGACGCGACCGCGAUCCCUGAUACGACAGGGAUCUUUGUUGCCGGAGAGGGGGACAAGACAGCAGCUCCUACCGAGAAGCUGCACAACAUCCUGAUCCGCAUCCGCACGCUAUACGGAUCCGGCUUGGGAUUCGCAAGCCUGAGGAUCCUCACGCGGGUCAUCAGCGCAACGGUCAGGCUGCGAUGGGAGGACGACAGCGAGAUGGAGGACGUGCUGGCGAAUAUCGACGCCGACAUCAGCCAGGCGAUACAAAGUUCGAAAGAGGAGCUUGACGGAGGACGAGUGGCGGACCUCCAGGGGGCACGAGAGGUGGUACAGGAGCUGCGGUCGGCGGUGCACGAGAGCCAGAUAGACGUCAGAAAGUGGGAUGGCGCGUUUCCGUUCGAGCGCGCAGCGUCUAGCUUGGAAUUCUGGAGGAUUUAG